AUGGCGUCAUCAAUCUUUUACAAUACCCCAUCGGGGACAUCACGAAUGCACAACUUCGGGCAAGAUGAGAUCGACUACGGCUUCCAGCCAACCUGGGCAACCGUCCCCGUGCAAGCGGCCUUCGACACGUCGCCUGGCGCCGGCGCUCGCCGUGACCAGCUGCUAGGAAUUACACGAAAGCCCAUCUGGCAGGAAGCAGAAGAGAAAGAGAAGGAGAGAGAGCUCUUUAACCAGGAGCAGCUGGACAUGACAGCGACCGAGAGCUUUGCGUUGGCGACUAUGGCUACGGCGUUCCAUGCGACGAGUGGUGUUGCAAGGAUCGUUGGGACGACGUUUGUGUUCGCUGGAAAGGUCUUGUGGGCUGUUGGCGACGGCGUGAAGAACAUCAUCAGUAAGAGGAUUAGUCAAGCGGGGUUGACACCGAUGGAAAGGAAAAUUAGGAUGAAAUCCAGGAAGAAGCCGGUAGUUAAAAAGAGGGUUAAAAGUAGGAUGUUUGAUACCGAUAGCGAUAGCGAGACUGCCGAAGACGAUAAUGAAGAUGAUUCGGAUUCAGAUCCGGAGACAACUGGGAUGCAGAGUAUGCUGGCUAUGCCGCCGCAUAUGGUCGGAGCUACUCCGAGAAUUGUUCGUAAUCAGCGUCGCACUAUCCGCCAUCCAGCACAAGCGCCCAAAUUUUCAUCACCAGCUGCUGUUAAAACCCGCCGCCGUAAGAUGCCAAAUACACCAGCCUUAAAGCGUAAAGUCAGAUUUGAGGACGACUCGAGCACCCCCGCCGGUACGCGCGCAAAUAACGCUCCCAAUACCCCAGCAUUUGUAUUCAAUACUCCGAAGGAAAAGAAAAAACAGAUGACCAAAAAAGACGAGUUUAAGAUGAACUUCAAAAAAGAUAUAUUUCAGCCAUGGGUUGACUAUCUCCACAAAUAUGGAUGGUCACGUGGCGCGUUUAGGGCUGCUUUAGCGAACUAUGAGCUCCCUACUGAUAUUAUUAGUCAGUUAUACGAUAUGCGUGAUACCAACCCAAAGGCGUGGAGCACUCUUAUCGAAGCUCACAGUCACGACGGAUUUAUUGAAAGACUCAAAUUAUUUGUUCCGGCUGUUGCAUACCCUGAACCUAUUGACUGGGAGGUUCUAAGUGCUAGAGGAGGCCCAAAGGUUUCUUCCGAGAGCCGUCUACAGCAAAAGGACGGAAAGUGCGUGCUCUGUAGAGGCAUGUCAUGGGCUGGGAAGGUUUAUACCAGAGAGAUUGCCGAAGGAGAAGAUGUGCCAUGCUUGAGCCAUCAUAAAUCUGUUAUCCCAUAUACUCAAGCAGAACUCAAAGAAAUCACACCUACUAGUAGCGACCCAGUAUUUAGAAGAUGGUGCCAGGAAUCACGCUGGGAUUGGCUUUUUAGUGAUCCACCAGUUAGCGGUCUUAACGCAGACGAAACCCCCUGGAAAAUUCCCAACGAUGACCCGAGACUUCGCCAUGUUGCCCGCCUCGGUGAUCCUGAGAACCUGGAGCAUCCUACUGAAGCCAUGAGGAUGUUGGUCUUUACCAGCUUGCAGGAGAAAUAUACUGCUCAAGACCUGGCUGCCAAAAGGUUCCUUGAUGGCAUCCAAUCCACAGGCAAUCUCAUUCUCGCCGAAAAACUCAAGAAAAUGGACCUCGAACGGAAGCGCCAGCAGGUUGACCAAAAAUGGCUCUGCGUCCGCCAGGUCAAAGUCGUUUUCAAGGAAAAAGAAAGCAUUCUCCGCCACGGCCGCAAGCGCACCGCCGCUGAUGCCGAUAUUGAGGAAAAUAACGCAAAGAAAGCACGCAGCGACGCCGCUGCUCCAGUAUUUCGCAAGAUCGCCAGUGUCCGCAAAUCAUCCAUAAGACCCCCUGCUAACACUAACACUAAUGCUAUUAAAACCCCCUUCCUCUUCGAGAAGCCAUCGUUUACUAUACCAGCUCCAUUUGACCCCGUCGAAAUCAAAAAUAUCAGGCUUAUCCCACCUGUACCGGAGAAACGGACUGACCCUGACACACUCUUCAAGCGCCGAUACGAAGAAUCAACACGAUUCUCGCCGAAGCCACAGAAAACCGUCAGCUUUAGCGCCUCCACUGCCGCACCCGAUGAAGAAGAAGAGCCAUUGUCGAAAGAGGAGCUCGAAGCAAUCGCCUACAACGAGGAAUGCGAACGCCAAGAACGACUAAAGCAGCUGCGGCUCCAGGAAGAAGAAUUCUGCAGGAAGGAACGCGAAGAGGAUGCCGAGAGGCGUAAGAACAACCCCAGUACUAACAGCAAAGAAAAUGGUAAAUCUUCAUCUCGUUAUGGCGCCCCUGGACCCGGAAGCACUAUUAAUAAGGACAACGAUUCUGAUAACUUGGGCAGCGGAGGGCAGAACAACUACAGGCGGCAUCGAAUUCAACUCCAGCGUGAGGCUAGGCGCGCGCGCUGGUAUAAGGAAAUAAAGAUGAUGGAGGAGGCACAAUCCGAUCUGUCGGUCGGGUUCGUGCAGCGGAUGAAGUGGGCGCGGGAAAUCAAAAGGCGGAAGGAUAUGGAGGAGAGGUGGGAGAAAAAGCAGAAGGCGAAGGUGGAGAGAGAGCAGAAAAACCGGGGAAAGGGGAUGGCGGACCGAGAGAUGAACGCCUGGGAAGCUGAGCACAGGCGUCAGCAAUCUUUGUCCAAUAGUCCGGAAGAUCAAUAUAAUCAACAUGGUGCUGCCAACGCUGACAACGGUUUCGUUGGCAGCACAGAUAACUUUUCAGUUCCUCUUCCAACUCCCAAGUAUCUCCAACGGGCUCAGGCCCCACUUCAACAAUCUGCCAGGCCUCGAGUGCCUUUCGGGGCCAAACCCAACCCCCCUUCCCAUAAGCCAGCACGUCCUCCUGUUCGUCCCCUUUCCCCUCCACUAAAGGAGGCCCCCAGGAAGGAGGGGCAGAAGGAGCAGAUCUACAGAGUGAGGAAGUCGAUACCUCUUUUUCGCCAGUCUGGGUCUUCUUCUGGUUCUUCUUCUGCCUCCCCUCCAGCUGUGCGUGAGCCGACGCUCCCGCCGCUACCGAGGCAUGCAAAGGCGAAGUGGCAGGGUGGGGCGAGGCUUGGAGAAUGA